AUUAUUUUUAACUUUGAAGAGAGAGGAAAUUAUGGGGAUCUUGGAAGCCUGUAUUUCUCUCUAGGAUUUCCCCAGGGUCAGAUAAUCGGUGUUACUAAGAGACACUAAGAUUUGGCUUCUCCAGCAGGGGCAAUUUUCUUUCCUUUUUUUUUUUUUCCUCUUUUCUUUUAUCAUCCCUUCACCUUUUCAUGAGACACUUCCAAACCUACGUACCUGUCCUUCUGCAGGAUAGUAGCCCUGCCCUGAAUCCGAUCCCACCACCGGGCACUGGGAAGAGUUUAGCAUAAGGAUUUCUUUUAAACCCCAAUAUGACAGUUGCUACCGGAGAUCCUGCAGAUGAAGCUGCAGCUCUUCCCGGUCACCCGCAGGACACGUAUAACCCUGAGACCGACCAUGAAUGCUGCGAGAGGGUGGUCAUCAAUAUUUCGGGUCUGCGCUUUGAGACACAGCUCAAGACAUUAGCCCAGUUUCCAGAGACCUUACUAGGGGAUCCUAAAAAGAGAAUGAGAUAUUUUGACCCACUCCGGAAUGAGUAUUUCUUUGACCGGAACAGACCCAGCUUUGAUGCGAUUUUGUACUAUUACCAGUCUGGUGGUAGGUUGCGGAGGCCAGUUAACGUGCCCUUAGAUAUCUUCUCAGAAGAGAUUCGUUUCUAUGAACUGGGGGAAGAAGCAAUGGAGAUGUUUCGGGAGGAUGAAGGCUACAUCAAAGAAGAGGAAAGACCGUUGCCUGAGAACGAGUUUCAGAGACAAGUGUGGUUGCUGUUUGAGUACCCCGAGAGCUCAGGACCUGCCAGGAUUAUAGCUAUUGUCUCCGUCAUGGUGAUUUUGAUCUCCAUCGUCAGCUUUUGCCUGGAAACGUUGCCCAUUUUUCGGGAUGAGAAUGAAGACAUGCACGGCAGUGGGCUGAGCCAUCCCCCCUACUCCAACAGCAGCAUGGGGUACCAGCAGUCAACUUCUUUCACAGACCCCUUCUUCAUCGUGGAGACACUUUGCAUCAUCUGGUUCUCCUUUGAGUUCUUGGUGAGGUUUUUCGCCUGCCCCAGCAAGGCUGGGUUUUUUACCAACAUCAUGAACAUUAUAGACAUCGUAGCCAUCAUUCCCUAUUUCAUCACCUUAGGGACGGAGCUGGCUGAGAAGCCGGAGGAUGGUCAGCAAGGCCAGCAAGCCAUGUCCCUAGCCAUCCUUCGAGUCAUUCGCUUGGUGCGGGUCUUCAGGAUCUUCAAGCUCUCCCGACACUCCAAGGGGCUGCAGAUCCUGGGGCAGACUCUCAAGGCCAGUAUGCGGGAGCUGGGCCUCUUGAUAUUUUUCCUCUUCAUCGGCGUCAUUCUCUUCUCCAGCGCCGUCUACUUUGCCGAGGCCGACGAGAGCGAGUCCCAGUUCCCGAGCAUCCCCGAUGCCUUCUGGUGGGCCGUGGUUUCCAUGACGACUGUUGGCUACGGAGACAUGGUCCCCACAACCAUUGGGGGGAAAAUAGUGGGUUCCUUGUGUGCCAUCGCUGGCGUAUUAACGAUUGCCUUACCAGUGCCCGUCAUAGUGUCUAACUUCAAUUACUUCUACCACCGGGAGACAGAGGGAGAGGAGCAGGCUCAAUAUUUGCAAGUAACCAGCUGCCCAAAGAUCCCCUCUUCCCCUGACCUAAAGAAAAGCAGAAGUGCCUCUACUAUUAGUAAGUCUGAUUAUAUGGAGAUUCAGGAAGGCGUAAACAAUAGCAAUGAGGAUUUUAGGGAGGAGAACUUGAAGACAGCCAAUUGCACCCUAGCUAACACAAACUAUGUGAAUAUCACCAAAAUGCUAACCGAUGUUUAGUCGCUAAAAUCUAGUAACGUAUUUAAAGCUGAAGUGGAACAAUUGCAGAUAUUGAGUGCUGCUCUGCAUUGUAGUUAAUACAGUAUUUUCUACGGUGUAUAUUUGGUUCUGCAUGGGAAGCAAUAGCUGUGUAAGUGACUUUUAACCUUUGAUUUCCACCCUGAAUAAGCGUUCGUGCAAAAAAACCCAAACCCAAACAACCAUUUUGUUUCCCUUCUCCCAUCCCAGGUUUGUGGGUUUCCAAAGAUACGGAGCAGUUGGGUGUUUCGAGCAAUGGGAUGAGGAUGCUGGGGGGGGUGGGAGCAGGUCCAGGCAAUCCCGGGGUACCACAAAUGCCGGUCCCUGUCCCGUGGAGCUGGGUGACAGCCAGCUUCCAGGCACAGCGAACGGCUGGGAAGGGUCAGGCAGAGCUUAAUGAAGGGAAGAUGCAGUCGUGUGUCCAAAUUGCUUGAAGGCUCGUGUUUCUGCCCCGGGAAUGCCAAGUGCGAACACAUCGCCCAGGCUCAUGUUUCAUAACUGAAAAUGCUGCAUGCUGCAAUAGUUUCAGCCACUGCAGUAUGCCAGUGUGAGGCCCAGGGGAGGGAUAAUUAGUAUGACAGCACAUUAUUUAUUAAGUCUUAAAUUUUCUAUGCUAGGCAUCAGGAGGGACAAGUAAAUAAAUCAAGCGCUUGGAUUUUAUUUAUUUAUUUAGAUGACACUUCCAUCACCAAUAUUUCCAGGAUCACCAAAGACACCUCCACUGACACAUUGAAAAUGAGUUGGAAAAAGCAUCUUUUUUUAUAUCUAUAUAUAAAACUGGAGCAACUAUGCUGUGGCCUAUAAUAUAUUUAUACUGCAGUGAAAUUUAACCAGUAAUACAGUACAGCUGCAUGGAUAUUUGUUGCAUGAAUCUGAAUAUUUAAUACACACACAAAUAUAUAUUUUCUUAGUAGACUAUACAGUAUUCAUGUUUAUAGUGUUUAUAGAUUCUCCGAUGGCUCGAAGGAGAUUCAUGGGAGUUAAAAAAUCUCCAUUAUAUUUAAAAACUGAAUGGGGAAGGCAUGUGCUGACAACAGUUUGAUAGAUAACAGGGCAAGGCAAAGCCUGAGUGUCCGAGCAUCCAGACACAAGAGCCAACUAAUGCGAGCGAGGGAAGGUGAGCUGAAAGUUAAAUACCUGCACUCAUUAUGGGGUGAGUAAUUAGUCAUUAAUCUUGGUGUCAUGAGCAGAAACCGCAGCGGAUUGGAGAGGGCACAAGGAGCAGGUGGAAUAGCAGGUAUCGGCUCUCCUGACUUGUUUGUUCAGCAAUUUUCAGCCAUUUCCCAUAUAAUUAUUGUGUGUGUGUAUAUAGAUAUUUAGAGAGCGACUAUAGGGCCGAAUCCUCAGCAAAUGUGAGCGCUUGGGGCAUCAGGGACUUCCUCGCUCAGGAGUGCCGGAAUGGUGGGACAAGGGCUGGAGCAGGACAACCAGCCCUGUGGUGCCCGUGGGAUCAGCAGGGCAGGGUGCGUUCUGGGCUGGAAAACUCCUUUUCACCCACGUAGAGCCUCAGGGCUGGUGGUUUAUUCCUUUAUGGAUGUGCUGAGGGUGGGCUGGAUCCCAACUGGCACCUCUGAACCUUUGCUUUGCCUUCUUCCAGGGUUUUUAGGAGGAGUGAGUCGAGGUGCAGAGACGCCGAGGUUGUCUCUGUUUCUUCUUCAUCCCCGAUGUUAUUUGGGGAUGGGUGGGAGCUGUUGGUCCAGGGGGAUCUGGUCUGCUUUUCCCAUCCCCACCCAGAUUUCCUUCUGUUUUCCCCCCCAUUGCUGACAAUCCCCAGGGACUGGCGCCCUGUUCCUCUGCCAGGUCAGGGGAGAGGGAUGCAAACCUCUUCCAAGGUGAUGGUUGAGCAAAGCCUCCCUGGGGUACGGGAUGGGGUUUAGCAGCCUGUAGAGUUGGGGUGAAUUUGGGCUGAAUUAGGGCAGGGUCAGUGCGGUACCACUGCAGUGAAGUAUGGGCACAAGGAGGGAACCCCAUCGCAGGGCGUGUGAGGGAGGUCAGUCGGACCCUUCCCGAGCUCAGAGAGGAAAACCAUACUAAUAACAAUAAAAUAAACGGUGCUAGCGUAUUCUACAGCAAUGGUUCAAAAUGCUGCUUUAGGGCUGGAUCCAUCUCUCGUGCUGAUGAGGCUCCACUCAGCCAGGUGGAAUCACUCCUCAUUUUUAUUUUAUUGAUUGAUUCAGGCCUGGCUAUAAUUAAUACCAAGUGUCCACAGUUAGUGCAUGAGAGUCCUGGUUUCUGCUUGGUGCAGAGGACCAGCAGCAUCAAUGCGUUGUGUCUCAAAGGUGCUCAGCACCACACAGCAUGGGGCCCCCGGCCUGUCUUUAAUUACAUCUUGUUAUAUUCGGAGCCCUCUCCUCCCUCUCUGCUGCUGCGCCUCUGAAACGGGAGCCCCUGAAGCCCAUUAACAUCUUACACACAAAAAGAAGCGAUGCAACUGAAAGCAAUAAAGCUCUGCUUCUGAAACUCAUCCUGUCAAAUGGGAUGGGCUGGCGUGAGCCACCAGCUCCGGUGCAAUUCCCAGGGAGGUUGGCCAGCUUCCAUCGAUCCAGCUUGUGGUGGGUGCGUGGGGAUGUGAGCUUGCAUAGGGAAGCUGCUCGAUGCCCCAGGAUGCUGCCCACCAACCCACGGGUGCCCCUAGCACUGGGUGAUCCCAUCUCUGGUGUGCAGGAAAGCACUGAGGGCAGGUUGCUGCAGGUUUUUUGGAAGGAUGCUGGCACUCAGUGAGACGUUGCAAAGCGCCUGGUUGUUUAAUGCCUGUGGGCUUUGAAUGAUUUGAGGGGAGCGUUUGCCAAAGUAUUGGGUGCAUCUUGGGAGCGUGAGCGCCAUCGUGGUUUAGUACAGAGGAAGAUCAUGGGUUUUUCGGGGAGGUGUUGUUUUGGGCACGGUGUCCCCGUAGGGUUUCCGAGGCCGGGCAGGAGGGGAGGGAAGGUCCAUGAGCAGGAUCAGGCAUAUCCAAACCCAUUUACCAAGCUGGAGGGUCCCAGCUGCCUUGGGAAGCCCCAGAGGUGCAUCACAGGGAUGAGUGGGGCUGAAGAGCAAGAGGCCACGUUCCUCCUGUCAUCACCGAUGUGAGCUGACAUCUGUCCCCAUGGCAGGGGCCAGCACAGCUGAUCCCUUCCUUAGGAUGGAACCUGCACCUCUUGCAUUGACCCAGGCAGAUGCUCCUGGGGAAAACAAGCCCUGGUGAGAAAGCAUCUCUGUGCUGCCCUUGGCACCAUGUUUGGGAAAUCGGGAAAACACGCGGAUAAGCACUUGGAUGCUUGGUUCAGGGCGAAAAAGGUCUGUGGGGGCCAUGGCUGGAAGCGACCUGUCAGGGCCCAUGAAGCAGAAGGUUCCAGGUUUCUCCCACACACAGAGAAAUGGUUUCCCCUAUAGCCUUUAAUGGGAUUUGUGCCUGCAGGUCGGAGCUCUAGUGCUAUUUCUAGCUUUGCUUCUGACUCACUGAUGUGAUCUUGAACCAGUUUUCAGGAGGAGACUGUGAUUUUUUUUCUUUUUUCUUUUUUGUUUUCUUUUCUUUGUUUUCUUUUUUGUUUUCUUUUUUGUUUUCUUUUUUGUUUUCUUUUUUGUUUUCUUUUUUGUUUUCUUUUUUGUUUUCUUUUUUCCUUUUUUCUCCUUUUUUUUUUUUUCUUGAGGAAUAUGGUUUGAUUCUGGGCCUGUUUCUGUGGAGAUGCUGAGCAUCCAAAGCUCCCCUUGAGUCUGAAAGGGUGCAAAAAUGAGCUGCAAAGUGGCUGAGACAGAGGAUGCUAAAUUAGGGACCAGGGAAGUGGAGGGUCUCGCUAUCUACAUGAGAUUGCAUCAGGCCACCUAAUGUAGGUGGUCUGGUUCCUUUCCUCCUACCGUGGAGAUGUUUGCCUUUCUCCAGGGGUGGGAUGGAGGACUGAAGCUCUCUGGUCUGUGGAGGUGCCCCUGGGCUGGCACCCAGAGGAGACAGCACCUGUAUUUUAGUUUUAUCCUUUGUACUGUGGUUUUGGAGAGAUGGAAAGCAGUGAUUACAGUGCAGGUUGUCUUCUAACACCCAACCACGUGCCCAAGCCUGCAAGCAAUCCACUAGCCCUUUAAUACCUUCCAAAAUCUCUGCUAAGGGCAAUGGAUUGAGGCUCAUACACUGGCUGGACACCACCAAGUGACUAGGGCUGCUAGGGACAAAUUAUCUGUGUGGAGCAAUGUGUUUUAUCAGGAAAACUAAUCUCUGCAGUGAUGGUUUGUGUCGAAGUCCUACAGAUUUGAUUACUGAGCUAUAUGAAGAAAAGGAUCUCUAGAUUGGUGUUAUGAGAGUGUAGCACGUGGGUGUAUAAAUAUGGGCAUAUUUGUGCAUAAAUACACAGAAGGAGAGAAAAAGACAGAGGAGGAGGAGGUAUUUCAGGAAGGGCCUUGCUUUGUUAUCAGAUAAUUCCUGGGUCAGCCCUUGACAUUGCUGCCAAAGUCUUGUAGGUUUUCCAGAGCUUGCAAUACACUUAGGGACAGGCCCAAGCAAAGAAGGAGAUCUGGAUCUCCCCUUGGAAGUGGGGGUACCCCAAGGGGCUGGUGGCAUCCAGUUCCGUGCACCCCUCUGCAAACCGGCAGCUUUGCACCAUCUCUGCUCUGGAUCCUGAAUCCCCGGCUUGGGCCCGUCAUGACCAUUUCUGUGACUGCACAGGCAAAGCCAAGCAGAAGUCGAAGGGAUUUGUUUGAGAUGUAAGCACUGUGCCACAACAGGUGGGGGUUUUCAGGGGGUUUUUUGUGAUGGAUGGAUUGUAAGUCCCUUGAACCAAGCUAGCUUUGGGUCCUGGGGUGGUGGCAAAAAGCAUCUGCCUGUUUUGGAGCUGGGGUGUGUUUACCUUGGAAUCUACAUCCAUGAGGAGGGCUGGGGAGGGGCAAGCAGUUUCUUUGGUCAAUGGGGGCUGGUCAGCAUGCUGCUAGGGCAAAAGGGUCUGAGGGGCAAAGAGAGGAGGAGUCAGCCCCAAACCAUUUCACUUUGCACCCAAAAAAGGCUGUGGAUCUCUCCUCACACCCCUGGCAGCAUUCAACCUCCUCUGCGUCUAGCACAUCCCUCGGUCCCUCCAGUUGGGGACCAGCUGCUGCCCCCCAACAGGAGCCCCGAGGGGGGACAAAGGUCCCCCUCAUGCACCAGCCACUGUCCUGCCUCUGGCCAAAGCAGUGCCCUUCCCCAGCCCCCGUCUGAAGGGCACCCCGUAGCCUCGGUCUCCCCACGAUGUUACUGCAUUUGGCUGCCCAAAUUUCAUCCCCUCUUCUCAGAAACAGGUGCUCGGAUCCUGCCGCACCCCAUCGCUGGGGAGAGGGACCAGCCUCCAGUGGUGCAAAUCAUCCCUGAGAGCACAGCAUUGAUUUACACCCAAGGACGAGAUCCCCCAGCCCAGUUAAAUGUGAUGAGAGAUAAAUUCUCUAUCUGUGUUUUACCUCCAGGGAUGGGGGGGACAAUUUAUCUUGCAGGAGCUGCUGGACAUCAUGUAACCACACAAGGUCCACACAUGUGGACUCUCAUGUGGGGACCACGUCCCCUCCCCAGCCCUGCCCAGCUGUUCUGAGCUUGGGGUUGGUCUUUUGGGGUUUUAUUUCUUUUGGUUUUGGGGUUUUUUUAUUUUUUUCUGCUGCCUAUAAGACUGUAAUUAUCCCUUUGCACUUGCUCUCUCAUUGCUUGAGACCGCGCUCUUGUCCUCCAAUGUCAUACACCGAAGCGCAAGGGGGAAAAAAAAUGGGUAUUGGAUCAACCCUGCAUGCGGUGCCUAAUUUGAGUGAAUCGAUAGGAAGAGGAAAUCCAAGAAGGACUCAUCCUAAGGAUGCUGGAGCUGAACCUUUUGUUUCCAUGGUUACGGGAGAAAUGGGACCAGGAAUGGAGAGAGGCCUAUAAAAUGUUAAAGGAGGACUCGUGGGAAUUUCAAGUCAUUUAACCAUGCGUUUGCUAGACUAAAAUUUAGACACCAGCUGUAUCCGAAUUGCACAGUGUGUAUAGACAUUACUGCUCUUAUUGACAACACGGGGGUGUCCUGGGGGUCGGGUGGAUCUACGGGCUGAGAGGCACCUGAGUCAAUAAGGCUGACUGUUGUAUAUAGGUAUACAGAUCUGUGUACAUACGUAUUCCAAAUGAGCAUUUGCUGUCUGGUUUAUCAUGAGUGUAUAUAAUUUAUUCUUCACAGAGUAUCAUAAUUUUUGUAAAUAUCAGCACUAAUUAAGAGAAAAUAAAUAUGUAUAUUAUUGA